ACCUCCAAAACCCAAACCCUAGCUCAAACACAAGGUAGAAAUCAACACAAAAAAAAAAAAGGGAUUUUUGUAUUUUUUGUUUUGUUGGGAAAAAAAUUAUAUGAAUGGGGCAUGCAAAUGGAAGCAGCUACUCCUACUCCAUGGCUGAGGCACCAAGUGGUAGUUUUAAAAACUCUAUUUCUCCCAUUCCCUAUCUCUUUGGUGGCCUUGCCCUCAUGCUUGCACUCAUAGGGUUGGCCUUGCUUAUCCUUGCUUGUUCUUACAGUAAAAGUUAUUCAUCAAAUGGUGAUGCAGAAAGAGCAAAGAGAAUGGGAAUGGAGGUGAAUUCAGAGCCAAAGAUUGUUGUUAUAAUGGCUGGAGAAACCAACCCUACUUACAUGGCCAAGCCUGCACCAUCCAUUCACCAUAUUCAAGAACAAAACUGAUUCAUUACAGCCAUCCAACUCAUGGAGACAAACACAAAGAAUAAAGAGAAAAACAAAAGACAAAAGGAAAAAUUCUUCUUCAUGUUUCUUUUCUCAGUUUCAUUCUUCAUGUAUAUACCAUUUUGUACAAUUCUUUAAACAUAAGGUAGAACCAGUUGUUGUA